AUGGAUUUUCCAUGUAUGGUCAUGAGACUGAUUCUUGUAUUUGCUUUCUUUGUCAUUGUGCCACUUGAAAAUCCAGAUGUGGUAGGUGCUCAAACAAUCAGAUUGACGGAGGAUACUGAUAAACAAGCAUUGCUCGAGUUCAAGUCUCAGAUUUCUGAAAGAAGCAGAGUGGUGUUAGACUCGUGGAAUGGCUCCCUUCCUUUCUGUAGGUGGACUGGAGUUAUGUGCGGCGCCAAACACAAAAGAGUGACUGGUCUGGACCUUGGAGGGCUGAAACUUACUGGUAUUGUCUCCCCCUUUAUCGGUAACCUCUCAUUUCUUAGGAUAUUGAAUCUUGCAGACAACUUUUUCCGUGGUGCCAUCCCUUUAGAGGUUGGAAAUUUGUUCAGGCUUCAAAAUCUGAACAUGAGCAAUAAUUUCCUUGGAGGGGCUAUUCCGGUUGUUCUUUCUAACUGCUCUAGCCUUGCAUCCCUUGAUUUAUCAUCUAAUAAUCUUGAACAAGGCGUGCCUUCUGAGUUCGGUUUGCUUUCUAAGCUUGUCGUUCUAUCUCUUGGUAGAAACAAUCUAACAGGGAAAUUCCCUGCCUCAUUGGGAAACUUGACAUCACUCCAGAUGCUUGAUGUUAUAUAUAAUCAAAUCGAAGGAGAGAUCCCUGGGAGUAUAGCCAGACUGAAGCAGAUGGUCUUUUUCCGAAUAGCAUUAAACAAGUUUACAGGUGUUUUCCCUCUUCCAAUAUACAACCUGUCCUCACUUAUGUUCCUGUCCAUAACCAGCAAUAGUUUCUCAGGCACCCUUAGAUCUGACUUUGGUUCUCUUCUCCCUAACCUUCAGAUACUAUAUAUGGGGAUAAAUAAUUUCACGGGUACCAUUCCAGAGACACUUUCCAAUAUCUCAACUCUUAGACAUCUUGAUAUUCCAUCUAACCAUCUUACUGGAAAUAUACCAUCGAGUUUCGGGAAACUUCAGAAUUUAUUAAGGUUAGGCCUUAAUAAUAACUCUCUGGGAAACUACUCUUCUGGUGAUCUUGAUUUUCUUGGUGCACUGGCUAACUGCACUCAGUUGCAGUACCUGAAUGUUGGCUUCAACAAACUUAGAGGUCAGUUACCUGUGUCCAUAGCCAAUCUCUCCACUCAUUUAACUGAGCUCUCCCUUGGCGGAAAUCUCAUCUCUGGAAGUAUUCCUCAUGACAUACAGAAUCUCGUACGCCUGCAAACAUUAGACUUAGGUGGAAAUCUAUUGACAGGCAUACUUCCUCCAUCGUUGGGAGAACUUUCUGAACUGAGAAAAGUCUUGCUCUAUUCAAAUAAACUGUCUGGAGAGAUACCAUCUUCCUUGGGAAAUAUCACUUGGCUCACAUACCUCUAUUUGCUGAACAACAGUUUUGAAGGAAGCAUUCCUUCAAGUCUUGGAAGUUGCAAGUACCUUCUAGACCUGAACCUCGGGACUAAUAAGUUGAAUGGCAUCAUACCUCAUGAGCUUAUGGAACUUCCAUCUCUUGUCAUCUUAAAUGUCUCAUUUAAUUCAUUGGUCGGUCCUUUGAGAGAAGAUGUUGGAAAGCUUAAAUUUCUGCUUGCUCUAGACGUUUCGUACAAUAAACUAUCAGGACAGAUUCCACGGUCUUUGGUGAACUGUCUCUCACUAGAAUUCCUUUGGCUGCAAGGAAAUUCAUUUGUCAGGCCCAUUCCGGAUAUAAGACGAUUGACUGGCCUCAGGUUCCUAGAUCUGUCUAAGAACAAUCUCUCAGGUCCGAUACCUGAAUAUUUAGCGAAGUUUUCUAAGCUGCAGAAUCUGAAUCUCUCUAUGAACAACUUCGAAGGAGCUGUGCCAACAGAAGGGAUAUUUCGUAAUGCCAGUGCAGUGUCAGUCACUGGUAACAUAAACCUCUGUGGAGGCAUAGCGUCAUUACAGCUUGAGCCAUGUUCUGUUGAAUUACCAGGACGGCAUUCAUCAGUUAGAAAGAUUAUCGCUAUCUGUGUCAGUGCAGGUAUGGUAGCACUUCUGUUAAUUCUUUCUGUGGUUUCUAUAUAUUGGUUCAAACAGAGAAAAAGUGUAAGGGAUAAAGAUAAUGAGAAUGGUCGGUCUUUCUCUCCCUUGAAGUUUUUCUAUAAUGAAAAGAUAAGUUAUCGUGAGCUCUACAAGACAACUGAUGGCUUCUCUUCCAGCAAUUUGAUUGGGUCAGGUAACUUUGGGGCUGUGUUUAAGGGAUUUCUUUUGUCCAAGAAGAAGGCUGUUGCCAUUAAAGUUUUGAAUCUCUGCAAACGUGGAGCUGCAAAGAGCUUCGUGGCAGAAUGUGAAGCAUUAAGAGGCAUAAGGCAUCGCAACCUUGUGAAGUUGGUUACUGUCUGUUCGAGUGUGGAUUUUGAAGGAAAUGAUUUUAGAGCUCUAGUUUACGAGUUCAUGCCUAACGGAAACUUAGACAUGUGGCUGCACCGAGAUGAGGUAGAUGAAAUGGACAACCGGUCAAGAACCCUGACCCUUUUUGAAAGACUCAACAUUGCAAUAGAUGUUGCUUCGGCUCUGGUUUAUCUUCAUACUUAUUGUCACAAUCCUAUAGCCCACUGUGAUCUUAAGCCAAGCAAUAUUCUUCUAGACGAAGAUUUCACUGCUCGUGUAAGUGACUUUGGUUUGGCUCGACUCCUCCUGAAAUUCGACCGGGAAUCAUUUCAUAUUCAGUUCAGCUCUGCGGGUGUUCGUGGAACCAUCGGAUAUGCUGCACCAGAAUACGGAAUGGGAGGUCAUCCAUCGAUAGUGGGAGAUGUGUACAGCUUUGGAAUCCUCCUGUUGGAAAUUUUCACAGGAAAAAGGCCCACUGAUAAGUUAUUCGUGGAUGGUUUAACUCUCCAUGGAUUUACUAAAUCAGCAUUGCAGGAACAAAUGCCACUAGAUAUCACAGACGAGUCUAUUCUCUGUGGUGCAGAAAAUCAGGUUCUCGGGGUCGAAAAGGUGGAAUGCUUGACCCAGCUUGUGUAUCAGGUGGGAAUCAGGUGUUCAGAAGAAUCACCGGUGAACCGUAUAUCGAUGGCUGAGGCCUUAAGCAAGCUAGUCUCUGUCAGAGACACGUUUUUUGAAGACGAGAAAACCCUUUAGAUGACAAAGAAUCUAUCUUUUUACAGUAAGAGAUUGGGUAUAGGUACGCAUAUACAGUCAUUAAUUGAUCUUAAACAAUACUUUAGAAACGCGCGCACACACACACACACAUGUAUAUACAUCAAUAAUAUGGGGAGCAUGUAAUAUUUGUUCAAUA